AUGGGGUUCGAAGCCGGUGAUCACAAGAAGGGUGCCAACCUUUUCAAGACCCGAUGUGCUCAAUGUCACACCUUGAAGGAGGGCGAAGGCAACAAGAUUGGUCCCAUGCUACACGGCCUCUUUGGCCGCAAGACUGGUCAGGUUGAGGGUUAUUCAUACACUGAUGCCAACAAGGCAAAGGGUGUCACCUGGGACGAGGAAUCUCUAUUCGAGUACCUCGAGAACCCCAAGAAGUACAUCCCCGGUACCAAGAUGGCCUUCGGUGGUCUCAAGAAGCCAAAGGACCGCAACGACCUCGUCACUUUUCUCAAAGAGGAGACCAAAUAA